GUCAUUGACCAUUACGAACGUCCUCGCAAUGUUGGCUCAUUACCGCGGAAUGAUUUGGACGUUGGAACUGGCUUGGUUGGUGCCCCUGCCUGUGGGGAUGUCAUGAAAUUACAAAUUAGGGUGGAUGAGCAGUCUGGUAAAAUAGUUGACGUUAAAUUUAAAACAUUUGGAUGUGGUUCUGCCAUCGCUUCAUCUAGUUAUAUGACCGAGAGAGUGCGCGGUAUGUCUUUAGAGGAAGCAAGUCAGAUUAGGAAUACUGAAAUUGCAAGAGAAUUAUGUUUACCACCAGUAAAGCUUCAUUGUUCAAUGCUUGCUGAAGAUGCCAUUAAAUCCGCAAUUAAGGAUUACAAAAAAAAAAGAGCUACGCCAUCAACACCAAGAGUUAAUGAUUUAUCCCAACAUAAUGCCACACAGACAGCUUAG